AUGAAGAGGCGCUCGUCGGGUUCGACCGACGACAGCGACGAACCUCCUCACCCUGACCCUCCUGCCAUCCGACUCCAACACCACCACUACCAAUAUCAACACGGCCAACCCUCCCCAGAUUGCAAUUUUGCAUCACCACCACCACCGUCACCACCAUCUCGCGCCCCCAAGCAGUCUGCUAUCGUCGCCGCAGUUGCUGUCGCCUCGAGGCCUUCGUCGGCAAGGAGUAGACGCUCAAACAACCCCAAUUGGAAGCUCGAACAUGGCCCGAAUGCGAAUGGAUCACCCGAGAACCAUUCCUUGACUGCGUCUUCCUUGCCACCCCCCUUCUCGUCUGUUUCCUUGACUGCGCCAUCACCUACCUACCGAAACGACCACCGCCAACUCCCAAAUCACACCCACUCCCAAGCCCCUGGCGCUGAACGCCAGACCCACCAGGAAGACGUCGUCAGUCUGCCAAACGUCCAAGACGACGACGACGACGACGACGACAACUCCUCUCGAGACGAGUCGAUGGCAACGGCCUCCGAGAAGAUGCCCGACGUGCGAUUCGCAGGUCGCCGCCCCCGUUCUCGCAGCCCUUGGUCCAUCACCAUUUUCGCUUUGGCUGUCACCGUUCUUGGCAUCACCCUGCUCUGCGCCAUCUUGAACUCGUCUUGGACUCGCCAGAUCGACGCAAAGGGAUGCCGCAUGUCCUACAUGCGGCCCUCUUACAUUCGUCUGCGCGACUUCGACACCGAACACACUCGCUUUGCGACGAAGUACUCACUGUACCUAUACCGUGAGCAGGGCGUCGACGACGAAAGAAAGUUGAGAGGUAUCCCUGUACUCUUCAUUCCAGGCAAUGCUGGAAGCUACAAACAGGUUCGGCCGAUAGCAGCUGAAGCUGCGAAUUACUACCACGAAUCUCUCCAACACGAUGAAAUUGCCGCGGCCACGGGCACUCGGAGCCUUGACUUUUUCACCGUAGACUUUAACGAAGACAUCACGGCCUUUCAUGGACAGACAAUGUUGGACCAGGCAGAGUACUUGAACGAGGCCAUCAGGUACAUUCUGUCCCUGUACAUGGACCCGCGCAUGUCUGCGCGUGACCAUGGCUUACCGGAUCCCACCUCUGUUCUCGUUCUUGGUCACUCGAUGGGUGGCAUCGUUGCGCGCACAAUGCUCAUUAUGCCAAACUACCAGUCCAACUCCAUCAACACCAUCAUCACCAUGUCUGCUCCCCACUCGCGUCCUCCUGUGACCUUUGACGGGCAGAUCGUCAAGAUAUAUGACGAUAUCAACGACUAUUGGCGUCAUGCCUACUCUCAAAAAUGGGCCAAUAACAACCCGUUGUGGCACGUUACUCUUGUCUCGAUUGCUGGGGGCGGCUUAGACACCGUGGUCCCAUCCGACUAUGCUAGCGUCGAGUCGAUAAUUCCCGAGACGCAUGGUUUCACUGUCUUCACCACAGGCAUACCUGGCGUCUGGACUAGUAUGGACCACCAGGCCAUUCUUUGGUGCGACCAAUUCCGCAAAGUCGUUGCUCGGGCCAUGUACGACGUCGUCGAUGUCCACAGAUCUUCGCAAACUAAGCCAAGGGCAGAAAGGAUGAGAGUCUUCAAGAAAUGGUUCCUCACUGGCAUGGAAUCCAUUGCGGAAAAAACUCUACCUUCAGAGGGGCUAAGCACGCUUCUUACUCUUGAGGAUAAUUCCAAUGCCAUCAUGGCGCAGGGCGAACGCCUAGUUCUGCGGCAGCUUGGGCGCGAACCGAAACCACGUGCUCAUUUGCUUCCUGUGCCCCCUCAGGGAUCCCCAGAAAGCAAACGAUUUACACUUCUGAGUGACACGGCUCUGGAUAAACCAGGAGAACACGGCAAGUUGGAGGUCUUGUUUUGCAGUGUUUUCCCGCUACAGCCCGGCCAAGCGACAACCUUGUUCUCAAUGAACAUGGAUCUCUCAGGAGACAGUACGGGGUCGACCAGGUUAGCGUGCAAGAGCGCUGCGCCCGACGUCAUCUUGCUACCUCCUUCGACGGAAUCUCGUCAUGAGCCGUUUUCCCUGGACAACGACCCGGUAACGAGACCGUUCUCGUAUCUCCAGUUUGACACCGAAGACAUCUCCGAUCACCAGUUUGUGGCCGUCGUGGAUAAAGCCGUCAAACCAACUCGAAGCUUUGUGGUGGCCGAGUUCAGCGACUACUCUCAGUCUCACAGACGGCGAAAUAUCAGCCUACGCCGACUCCUCGCGUUCGGGAUGACAUUGAGCCUCCCAUCAAACCGUUCCAUGGUUGCAGAAAUCAACAUCCCCACCCUCCAAUCCAGCCUCCUCGCUUACAGCUUAGAGAUGGCCAACCAAGCGUGCGGCACUACUUCAGGGCUCUUCUCCCCAAUGAUUCGGCAGCACUUGGCUCAGCCGUACGAGUCCAAGUUUUUUGUCAACGCGAGACAUGCCAGCAUCAGCAUGCAUGGCGUAGCCCCCUUUGUUCCGCCUCCCCUGAGGCACAAGGGGCAUGACGAGCAGGGCCUUAGUCUUCAGUUCUGGACCGACCCGACAUGCGAAUCCGCUAUCCAAGUCAAACUGACGGUUGACGUGUUGGGCAGUUUGGGUAAGCUGUACAUGCGCUAUCGAACUGUAUUCGCAGCUUUCCCACUGCUCGUGGUGACUCUUGUGCUUCGCAAACAGUUUCGUGUAUACGACACCACUGGCACGUUCAUCUCUUUUUCUGAGGGCCUCGACCUCUGCUUACGGCAGUCACUGCCUCUUAUGCUUCUUUCUUUGACGUUUCUCUCCUUGUCAAUGACAGGAUCCUGGUCGUCGGGGCCGGGUGUGUUCUGGCACUGGCGUAACACAACGUCAACUGCAGCUGAUUUUCACAGCAACGAUCUUCUUACCGGCACUCAGGAUCCUUUUUUCUGGUUUCUGACCCCCCUUAUCGGAGUUGUCUGCAUCGGUGUAUGCGCAGUCCUUCACUAUGUUACCCUGGCUUUGACCCAGCUCCUCGGAAUCGCCUACUCGCGGUUGGCUCUUCGACCCUACGGCCAGGCGAGAGACGAGCGGCGGCGAGCGCAGCUGCCGGCUUUUGUCGCUUCGUCACCCCGCCGGCGCAUGGUCACCACAGCAGUCCUUCUGUUCCUGGUGUCCACCUUUAUCCCUUACCAAUUCGCUUACUUGGUAGCAUGCCUUGUCCAGCUCUUUACUGCUGUCCGCGCACUCCGAAUUGCCUCGGAGCUCAAGUCCGGGCCGACCUUCGCCUUUUACCAUUAUGCUCACUCAAUCUUACUUCUCAUGCUUUGGGUCCUUCCUAUAAACCUGCCGAUCCUGGCCGUGUGGAUCCGCAACCUCGCCGUCCACUGGCUUACACCGUUCUCCUCGCAUCACAAUGUACUCUCCAUUAUGCCCUUCAUUCUUCUUGUGGAGAACCUGACAACGGGCAAGAUGGUGCCUAGAGUUAGUGGAAGGAUGAGGCACCUCACCAGCGUGCUUUUGUUUGGCACUGCCAUCUACGCUGCAAUUUAUGGUGUCUCAUAUGCCUACAUGCUACACUACCUUGUCAACUUAAUAGCUGCAUGGUUAGUUGUGGUCCACUCGACAAAUGAUAAUUGGCCCCUCGCCGGCUUCAGUUCGAUAUUCGAAAACAGUCACGUCGAAGAUCGCAAGCGUGGUAAGACGCCAUAA